AAUUUUGCCCGGGGUCUUACCGAUAACAUUGAACAAGCAGCAACGAGUUUUAGAUUUGGCCGGAGGAUUUGCGUCUUUCAUCGUCUGAUUUCGUUAAGUUGGCCAACAGAGUGAUUAUGCAGGGGACUGCAAAACAGUACUAGAGAAGAGAUAACCCUGAAAUCGUAAGUAAUUCUUUUCAUGGGAGUUUUGUUAGGAUGAAUGAAUACUGACAGGCAAAGAGAUAAAGGGGAAACAACAAACAUGGAUUCCAGUGGCAAUUCUCUACCAUCUGCACCUGAUGGGGUCAAGAGAAAGGUGUGCUAUUUCUAUGAUCCAGAAGUGGGGAAUUACUAUUAUGGGCAAGGUCACCCUAUGAAGCCACAUCGUAUACGGAUGACCCAUGCUCUUCUUGCUCAUUAUGGAUUGCUUCAGCACAUGCAGGUCCACAAGCCAUUUCCUGCUCGAGACAGGGACCUUUGCCGUUUUCAUGCCGAUGAUUAUGUUGCAUUCCUUCGAAGCAUAACCCCUGAAACACAGCAGGAUCAUUUGAGGCAACUCAAACGCUUUAAUGUUGGUGAAGAUUGUCCUGUCUUUGAUGGCCUCUACUCUUUCUGUCAAACUUAUGCUGGAGGUUCAGUUGGUGGUGCCGUCAAGUUAAAUCAUGAUCAAUGUGAUAUUGCUGUCAACUGGGCUGGUGGCUUGCAUCAUGCCAAGAAGUGUGAGGCUUCUGGAUUUUGCUAUGUUAAUGAUAUAGUCCUUGCAAUUUUAGAACUUCUUAAGCAGCACGAGCGUGUUCUAUAUGUGGACAUUGAUAUCCACCAUGGAGAUGGUGUGGAGGAGGCUUUCUACACUACUGACAGAGUCAUGACUGUUUCUUUUCAUAAAUUUGGUGAUUAUUUUCCUGGGACUGGGGAUGUACGUGAUAUUGGAUAUGGAAAAGGAAAAUACUACUCUCUUAAUGUUCCACUUGAUGAUGGCAUUGAUGAUGAGAGUUAUCAUUUCUUGUUCAAACCAAUAAUUGGCAAAGUAAUGGAAGUGUUUCGGCCUGGUGCUGUAGUUCUCCAGUGCGGUGCAGAUUCUUUAUCGGGAGACCGAUUGGGAUGUUUCAAUCUUUCAAUUAGGGGUCAUGCAGAGUGUGUCAGAUAUAUGAGAUCGUUCAAUGUGCCCCUUUUGCUACUAGGUGGUGGUGGCUACACCAUUCGAAAUGUUGCUCGUUGUUGGUGCUAUGAGACAGGAGUUGCUCUUGGAAUAGAAGUUGAUGACAAAAUGCCACAGCAUGAAUAUUAUGAAUAUUUUGGUCCAGAUUAUACCCUUCAUGUUGCCCCAAGUAACAUGGAAAACAAGAAUUCCCGUCAUUUACUUGAAGAAAUUAGAUCUAAGCUACUUGAGAAUCUUUCUAAGCUGCAGCAUGCUCCCAGUGUCCAAUUUCAGGAAAGACCUCCAGAUUCUGAUCUUGGUGAGGCAGAUGAAGAUCAUGAUGAUGGAGAUGAGCGAUGGGAUCCAGAUUCUGACAUGGACAUUAAUAUUGAACGUGAGCUUCCCCCAAGCAAAGUAAAGAAGGAAAUUGUUGAACCUCAGAUCAAUGAUUUGGAGGACCAGAGAAGAACUGGGGAGCAUUUGAGGGGCUCGGAUACUGCAGUUGCUGAAACUUGCAUGAAGGCUCUAGAUAUUUGUUCUCAGCAAGUUGAUGAAGAUAAUGUGAAAGUUGAACAGAAUACUAUGAAUGAUUUGGCCAAAGACGGAUCUGAAGUGUUAAACAAAUAGGUUGUAUAACUGAUUGGUGAACAGUUAAAUUAAUUUUCCAUUCUGCUGUCGCAUUUCCCAAUUGAUUGAGAUGUGCCUGCUGCUUGGUUCCAUUUUACACUUGCAGCAGCAUAUUAGUAGUCUUAGGGAGCAAGUUUGCAAAUUUAAAUUGUUUUAUCUGGUUUCUUUACCUGAUUUACAUCACAUAGUUAGAGGACAGUAACUAGGUUAUUUUGUGCACUUGAGCUGGGUUUAUUUUUCCUGUACUGAUCUUGUUAGUGUAUAUAGAGAAAGACCAACGCAUCGAGUGUUUAAAAUACAAUAACUUUUGUUUAGU